AUGGCCGUUCUCAAGCGUAACUGCGCGAUUGUGAUAGUACUGACAGUAAUAACUACAGUACUUCUAACUUCGAAGCUACAAAUAUAUUUCUUUUCCGGUAACUCAAGUUGCAGUGCACGUAGUUCAGAUUAUGUAUUUGUAAAUCCGCGUAUUCUUUUUUACGUAUUUCCACAGUGGCAUUCCGUACCAGAAAAUAAUAGAAUACAUGGGUGGGAUUUUACAGAUUGGGACUUAGUCAGAAAGUUGAGUCAACGAACUGCUGGAAACAAAAAUGUUCAAACACCUACAGAAUUAGGGUGGUACAACCUCCUUUCCUACCAUGUGCGUAAACGUCAAUGGGAACUAUUACGUGAAUACGGUGGCUAUGGAUUUAUUUAUCAUGUAUAUUGGUUUACGGACCACCCCACGAUGGAUGAGCCUAUGCGACAGAUGCUAGCCGAUAGAGAUAUAAAUAUCCCCUAUAUAGUUAGUUGGGCGAACGAGGAUUGGAUUGCUCGUUGGAAGGAUGGAGAUAAUCGCUUGAUUAUGUCCAUCAAUAUCAGCACUUCAAGAGCAAGGCGUAAAUUUUUUCAAUACCUCUUACCGUUCUUUCGAGAUUAUCGUUAUAUUCGAGUGAGAGGCAAGCCUGUUUUUCAAGUAUACCAGGCGAACAAGGACAUGGAUCUUGUGUUCAAGGAUUUUAAGCAAUGGGCUAUCGAAGCUGGUUUACCUGGACUGCAUUGUCAUCAAGUAUUGGCACACUUUCAUUCGGUAACCUUUAAUCCUUUUGAGCCACAAAAUUUUCAUGUCCCUGUCUCCAAACUAGCAGAUGGUGUAACAGAGUUUCAACCAAAUCUUAUAAAAAACUGGACAUCUGCACGCUUUCUAAGUGCAGCUCACAUACCUCGUCAGCAUCCUGCGUAUCACUGGCGUGGUCUUCAUGUUGAUUUCGAUAUAGGACCUCGACAUACAUUUUCGCCAACUGAACGUAGCCAUCCCUUUCUUUUUGAGAAGCAUUUACGAAAGACUAUUGAAGCGAUGCAAAAUGACAUACAAAAGCAUUCUCUAAUUCCGUCUGAUCAAUAUGUAUCCGUUAAUGGUUGGAACGAAUGGAGCGAAGGCAAUACGAUGGAGCCCAGUACUCUAUAUGGUCGAGGGUAUUUAGAGGCAAUGCAAAUUGUUAUAAUGAAACAUGUGAAAAAUAGUAAAGUUUGUGUUUUGUUGGCUGCAUCGCACAAAAAAGAAUCGUUUGAACUAUUAUCAUUAACACUGAAUUCCAUUCAUGCACAUCUUACUGAAGUAGAGUGGGAAAUGCUUGUGUAUUCUACGGAUCCGACACCCCGAAAACCCACUGAAUUUAUGGAUUACAUACGGAAUACUACUGAAAGUCGUCUUAGAGCGAUUGAUGUGCCGAUAUCUUUACAACAGACAAAUACCAGUGGAUAUGACGUGUUGAGCUACUUGAUGCCACAUUGCCAUGCCGUUCGUAAUUCACAUUAUGUGUUAUUUCUGGAAGCAGGUUAUCAAGUCGUUAAAGCUCCUCACUCACCUAAAAACUGGGAAAGUUCUUGGUACUUUGCAGUCUUUUCAUGUGACUCAGGAAUUCAGGAACGUACAGCAGAACGCAUUUGGUCACUCGAAGUAAAUAGAACAUUAGCAUAUGCCUUUGCAUCUAAAUGGUCGCGUCAUAUUGCUAGAUGUAAGUCGAGGUAA